ACACAGAGGGUUCAUGAGCUCACACGUUCAAUUCUACAGUCAGAUCUUAUGUAAUGCGAUAAUUGUGCAACCCCGCAUUAUAGAAAAUCUGUGCUUUAGAAACAGCACUUAAAGUGUAGGCAAUGUAAUCGCGUUACAGCCAACACAGGUUUUUAAAGUUCAUGUUUUGGAAACAGCGUCAGUGGAUUUGUGUUAUCGAAACCCACAUUAUAACAGAAUGUACUUGAGUCUCUGCACUUUACAUGUCAAACAAUAAAAGAGGACAGGGAUUAAUUCCACACACGGGGUGAAGCAAACUAAGAAUCAGAAGGGCCCAGCAGUAGCUGAGUGCUCUAUGCAUUGCUUAGUGAGCCAAAAGGACAAGAGAAGUCUGAGGCUUAUCUGUGAUCUUCAUUGAUCUUCAUUCAACUUAACUCAAGGGAGUAAUUGGAGUUGAAGAGUUGACUUUAGUAGUAGGGGCUAGCCUAAGAAUGGGGUUUGGGGGAACUGUGCCAUUUAUGCCAUUUAUUUAUUUAAAAAUACUUUUAUGAAUUAACUCCAUUGCCCUUGAAUGUUUACAUGUGUGAACAUAAUAUGUGGAGAGAACAGGCUCACCCAUGACAAUAUCCUAUGGUCACAUGAUACUGUGCUGAUACUGUCUGCCUUUGCUAUGUUUCAAGGUGGAUUUUAUUUUGCAUCAACAUUUGGAAUCAUGUUAUUUUCAUAAGCACAACACAGCAAACAACACAAGUUACUGAUUAAUCUGCUUCAUUUCUGUUUUAGGCUCUGCUUUCCAACUCAUCUAAUUAUUUUGUCUUUGCUUCAUCUUCCCUCUGACUUUAUUGCCAGUUACUUUCAACCUGUCAGCCUUUUCAUUACUGCAAGUCCAAAUGCUUUCUCCCAUUACACAUAUUCUUUAAUUUUCUGCACUCUCCUAACACUGUGGGUGGUAUUUAAUGCAGCCCACAGAGAUUUUGUCCAUUGGUUGAAGAGCAAGCAAGCUCCGCACAUUGUCUUCUUUCAGGAAGGCUGAACAGAUUUUUAAGUAGAUAGAGACAGGCCUCCCCUGGAACCAAGGACCCCAGGAAUCAAAAUCCCACCCUGUGAGAGCUACUGGCCUACCAGAGAUUAGCAGCUGUGCAACUGCACCAGCAGGAAUGGUAGAAGCUGCCAGAGGUGUACCAUCAGAGGCCAAGGAUCAUCAAAAGAACUCAGAGCAAAGGGGAGUGAAAGCCAAACAUUGCAGCACUUGUAACAAGUGCAUUUCAGAUUUUGAUCAUCAUUGCAAGUGGCUGAACAACUGUGUAGGAGGGCGAAACUACUGGUUUUUCUUCCAUACUGUGGUGUCAGCUGUUCUCGGUAUCCUGAUGAUUGUACUCGUCACCCUUUAUGUUUUCAUCCAGCAGUUUGUAAAUCCAGAAGAACUUCGCACAGCCCCUCAGUUUGAAAAUGUUCGAGGAAACAACACAUGGUUGGUAUUUCUGCCCAUUGCUCCCGUGGAGACAACACAAACUGGAAUCUCAGUCAUAGCAGGAAUCACCAUUAUCCUUGGGCUCGCUUCACUGAUGUUACUUGGUCAUCUGUUGGGCUUUCACAUUUAUCUAUUGUUCAACAAGUUAAGUACGUAUGAAUAUGUUGUGCGGGAGCGUCACAAGCAGGAUGUCCGAGGCCAAGGAAGUGAUGUCGAGUCUGCCCAGAAUGCAUCUGCUAGGAUGACUGCUCUUCAGGGUCUGCCUGUAGCAAAGUCACAGGGAGAAGCAGAACUUGCUGCAUCCUCCAGAUCAAGUGCUUUAAAAUAUCAAGACCAAGGUCCAGUUGCCAACAGACUAUCCAACAGUAUCUGUCUGGAGACUUCAAGUGUUUCUACAGCUACAAGCUCCUCACACACUGGGCAGGUUCUGAUUAAAAGGCCUAAAAGUGGGGUCAAAGGGGACGGUCAUAUUGAUGAGACUAAAUUCACUUCGGAGAGAACAUCUACUGUUAGCUCUAUUCCUGAACCACUGGACAACUCUGAUGUAACGCUACAGACUGAUCAUAAGGGCACUCAAGGGUCUCACCGACGAAGCCUGGAGUCCAUAGAAGAGAUCCCAAUUGUACAAAACCCUCUUGGUAGUGCUGCUAUGGACAAUGGACACAGGGACAAUAAUGGCAAUACAGGGAAGUGCUUAGAUGCAUCCAAUCAUAAUGUGCUUCUGGAUAACACUCCAGGCUUGCUGGUGAAUCCAAGGGACUCUGUGCAGUUGUCUGUGAGAAGUGUUGGCCAGCAACCGACAAGGACUUCUUUGGUCAGACAGGAUAGAGAUACAGCUCAUCAGAGGCACGGCCAAUUAACACAGCAGUCCAGUGAUGUUGGGCAGAAUACUGUGUCAGGGUGAAUUGAAGACUUUCACUGAACGCAACUAAAACUUUGAGAGAGAAAAAUAGAUCUAAAGCAUAGAUUUUACUGUCGUCUUCUUGUGAUUGGCCUGCAGUCAACAGCAUCAUCAACAGGCUGAGUGCUGGACAAGUGCAGAAUUCCAAGGAGUGGAGUUAUUUCUCAAAAUUGCUCUGUAUCCUAGUGGUGGCAUGAUGGGCUUCAUCUAACGACAAUGGUGAAAAGCGUGACUUACAGAAGAAAACAAUCUGGCUAAUUUAAACAGUUCAGACCCCAAAUGUCCUCAAUUGACACAAGUCAAGUCUGACAGUAGUUAGACUUUAGUAGAUCCCAUCCAGUAGUGACCCAUAAACUCUCCCAACUCCAAACUGGAGAUCCUGUGCCAAAUUCUGAGGAGUGAGUCAAUUAUACAGCUGGGUGAUCUAUGCCACUGAAAGGGCAUUUUAGUCCUGCCUACCCCAAUCCAUUUGUUCACAAUAAAAUGCCCCGCAGCUAUUCCACCAGAAGCCAUUUCUGAUUCUGAAAAAUGGUGAUAGGAAUAUCUUUCACUCCAAGCGAAAUACACACAAAUUGAAAGAAAGGCAAGUGACCUGUUCUGGUAUUGAUGAUCUUUCCCUUAGGACAUCUAUUUGACCUUAUCAGCCACCUGGUGUCAGAUCCACUUCGGCCAAUUGAUGGAAUAAUUUCUUGAAGAAAUCUGAGAACAUAUUGUGUGCAAACUUCUCCUCUCCCAACCCCUCCCCACCACUACCACCACCAAUUGAGUACUGUUGCCCUUGCAACCCCAAGUAUUACAGGCCUCAAUUCCAAUCAGAUUUGUAGGUCUACACUGUUUCUGUAUUUCUCUUAAUGAUUGUUAAAAUUGUGAUUAGCAACUGAAAGUUAGAUGUGAAGUUGAGCAACAGAAAUGAUUACCUACUUUUUAAAAUAAAACUCAAUUUAUAUCACUUAAA